UCCAGUGCAGUGCCAGGGCGACUAGUCCUCUAGGAGCUGCAGUCUCCGGGCCUCUCCAGCCCCAGCACCGGCGCGCCUGCCACUCUCGCCGAGUCCCGCGCAUCACCGCGCACCUGCCUCUGCUGCUGCACGCCGGCCGCUGCCUGCCGCUCUGCUGCCUCCCGCUCUGCUGCCUUCCCGCUUCUGCCCCAGAGGAGUUCGCAGCCUGUCCGGGGCCGCAGUACCUGAGAGCAGAUGGAGCUGGACCAUAUGACGACCGGCGGCCUCCACGCCUACCCUGCCCAGCGGGGCGGGCCGGCAGCCAAGCCCAAUGUGAUCCUGCAGAUCGGUAAGUGUCGAGCCGAGAUGCUGGAGCAUGUGCGGAGGACCCAUCGGCACCUGCUGACCGAAGUGUCCAAGCAGGUGGAGCGAGAGCUGAAAGGGUUGCACAGGUCGGUGGGCAAGCUGGAGAACAACUUGGACGGCUACGUGCCCACCGGCGACUCACAGCGCUGGAAGAAGUCCAUCAAGGCCUGUCUGUGCCGCUGUCAGGAGACCAUUGCCAACCUGGAGCGCUGGGUCAAGCGUGAGAUGCACGUGUGGAGGGAGGUCUUCUACCGCCUGGAGCGGUGGGCCGACCGCCUGGAGUCCAUGGGCGGCAAGUAUCCAGUGGGCAGCGAGCCGGCUCGCCACACUGUCUCCGUAGGUGUCGGGGGUCCAGAGCCCUACUGUCAGGAAGCCGAUGGCUAUGACUACACUGUUAGCCCCUAUGCCAUCACCCCGCCACCUGCUGCUGGAGAGCUGCCUGAUCAGGAGUCAGUGGAGGCCCAGCAAUACCAGUCUUGGGGGUCAGGUGAGGAUGGGCAACCACGCCCUGAUGUGGAUACGCAGAUCUUCGAGGACCCGCGGGAGUUCCUGAGCCACCUGGAAGAGUACCUGCGGCAGGUGGGCGGCUCUGAAGAAUAUUGGCUGUCCCAGAUCCAGAACCACAUGAACGGGCCGGCCAAGAAGUGGUGGGAGUUCAAGCAGGGCUCCGUGAAAAACUGGGUGGAAUUCAAGAAGGAGUUUCUGCAGUACAGCGAGGGCACGCUCUCCCGGGAAGCCAUCCAGCGGGAGCUGGACUUGCCGCAGAAGCAGGGUGAGCCGCUGGACCAGUUCCUGUGGCGCAAGCGGGACCUGUACCAGACACUGUAUGUGGACGCUGAGGAAGAGGAGAUCAUCCAGUAUGUGGUGGGCACCCUGCAGCCCAAGCUGAAGCGCUUUCUUCGACACCCACUGCCGAAGACUCUGGAGCAGCUCAUCCAGAGGGGCAUGGAGGUUCAGGACGGGCUGGAGCAGGCGGCGGAGCCUUCUGGCACCCCGCUGCCCACAGAAGAUGAGACUGAGGCCCUCACACCUGCCCUUACCAGCGAGUCAGUAGCCAGUGACAGGACCCAGCCUGAAUAGAGGGCCAGCCCAGGGUCCCUCCCCAGCCUGCCUGCUCCACCCAGCCUGUGGUCUUUGCCACCUGGGACUUGAGCUGGGGCUGACUCCCAAUGGGUGUCCUGUCCAGCCUGACAUCUACUCCCCCCUGGCCUGACUUACAUACAACUGCCACACGACCAUGCUACAUGGACCGAACAUCGAGAAGCCCCUCUCCCACAGGGCUCCCACCCCUCACCUGUCUGCCCUCGCCCUGGCCCCAGCCCCACUGGCCCUCCCGUCUCCUUCUCAGUCCAUCACAGAACACCCUUAGCUUCCUCGUUCUGCGCCAGUGCCCGUGUCCCUUGGGAAAUCAGGAAACAGGUGUCUGGAAGGCGAAGAGCAGCAGGCACCACACCCAGGGGCACACCCAGGCACCACACCCAGGGGCACACCCAGGGGCACACCCAGGCACCACACCCAGGGGCACACCCAGGCACCACACCCAGGGAACCCAGGGCAGCAGCUCGAGGACAAUCAGUGCCAAGAGAACCUCAGCCUUCAGGGAUGCCGCCCGCUCCUGCAGACACAGCAGACCCAGCCGGUGCCCUGGCUGCCUCCCAAGGCAACUGGCCGGCCGUGGGCAGCGCAGCUCCCCUCACCGGGCUGAGCCACAAUGCAGCUGAAGCAGCAGACCUGACAUCAUGGAACUUCCUGGCCCCCAGCAGUGACUCAUACCAGCCAAGAAAAGCAAAGCUCAGCUCCGUGACUCAGCCGUGGCAAGUGGAGGGUCCCAGAGGGGCUGAGUCCUCACAGCCAGCUGAGGCAGCAGCUGGCACCUUCAGAGCCAGGAGAAUGAUAUCAGGUCUCAAGGCUGCUGAGAAGUCUUCCUUGCCAUGCCUGGAAUUGGCACACCACAGUGCCGGCGCCGGCCCCGCCUCUCCUGAAGCUGCCUGCACAGAAGUUACAAGACACUUUCAGGGCAGAGAAAACAGGAUUACAGAGAGGAGGCGCCUGGCAGAGGGCAGCACCCCAAAUCAGCCUGAGAGCUGGAGUGAAGCCAGGCCAGCGUGAAGCUAGGGUGAUGCCCACCCCGCUGGCCUCUAGCUGCCCGCCAUGAGCCACUGCAGCUUGAGCAGGGUCUGUGCUCCUAGCCCUCUUAGCACAGAACCCAGCUCGCUGCGUGGCCAUUGGCCGCCUCGCCGGAACCUUGCAGGAGUCUUAAGGCUUGGGCCCCAGCCCAGCCCAGCCUUUCCUCCUGUGUCCUACCUGGUGGUCCAAGCCCAGUCCCAGGAGACCCCAGGCCUUGGCCCCGGGGCUGUACCAGGCACUCCCCUGUCCCGCCCUGCUGCUGCCCAGCUGAGCCUCACCCAGGCCCCGGCACCACUGCCCCGUGCUGGUGGCUGCUCGUGUCUGCAGUCUGAGCAGGCCUUGUUGAGGUUCCUCUGUCUGCCUGGUCCACUGGUGUUCUGGGACCAGUUCCCCUGAAGUUCUGACAGAUCCUCUGCCCCAUGCCCCUGCCAGCCCCCACGGCUUUAUUUUUGCACAAAAGCCACUGGCUGGCACAGGGUGUAGGGAAGCCCUGGGAACCAGGGAGACCCUGGAGAUUUCAAGAGAGUAUGGCUACCCCCUAUUCCCACCAAGCCUUGAAAAUCCAGCCAGGCCAUCUGUCCAUACCAUCUUACCUCGAAGACAGACUUUUAUAUAGAUAUAUACACAUAUAUAAGAUUUUGUUAAUAAAACCAUGGAACUUC